CGUCUUUGUAGUGGCGGAGAAUGGGCGUGAAAUCGUGGAGGAUGUCGCCGGAAGUUGCAGAGGACGACAUUGUUGGAUUGGGGGAAAGAGAUAAGAGAGUAAUGUGAAUGGCAUAGUUAAGGCUGAGAUGGAUUAUACCAAAUUCUUCGGUGAAUUAGUGUUUGAUUCAAAAAUCGAAAGGACUGCACAACGUUUGAGGAAAGAAGCUAGAGAGCGAAAGAUGGUUGAAAAAGAAAUUGAGUUACCGGAACCUGACUUAGCUAUCCAACUGGUUGAAAGUUCUAGUUCCAACGAGAGUGAAGAGGCCAAGGGAGUUGAAGAAGUUGUGAUACAUCCAAUGGAACAACAGAGAACUCUUAGGGAGUUAGCUGCUUCCGAUUUAAUUCAACAUCCUUUGUGUAUUAAUUUUCCUGCUAUAGCCGAUAAUACGGCAUUUGAGCUUAAAUUUGGACUAAUACAUUUAUAGCCGAUAAUACGGAAUUUGAGCUUAAAUUUGGACUAAUACGGCAGGGGAGGAACCACACAAGCACUUGCAGGAGUUCGAUGUGGUGUGUACGAGCAUGAAACCACCGGGAAUCACUGAUGAGCAGAUAAAACUCCGAGCUUUUCCAUUCUCCUUGAAAGAUGCAGCCAAGGAUUGGUUGUUCAACUUGCCCGCCGGGAGUGUGACCACCUAGAUGGAUAUGAAGCUCAAGUUACUUGAAAGGAGGAUAAUCGAUGUUUCCAGUGGAUGAGCUCUCAUGAACAAGACUCCGAGAGAAGCUUGGGAAUUUUUGAACGACAUGGCUAUGAACUCUCAACAAUUUGAGCCAAGGGAUGUCGUGGGAGUGAAAGAAGUUUCCGAUGUAAGUUCUCCUAUGCAACAACAAUUAAAUGAGUUAAUUGCUUUUGUGAGAAAACUUUGUUGUAGGGAAUGCUCAAGUGAAGCCAUGUGGGAUUUGUGUGAGUGUUGAACAUCCUACGGAUGCUUGUCCUACAUUGACACAAGAGGUGGAAAUGAAUGCUGAAGGAUUUGCACUAAGAAGAGCUUACGAUCCUUAUUCCAACACAUACAAUCCAGGAUGGCGAGACCACCCCAAUUUUCGAUAUGGGAAUCAUAAUCAGCAAUCCUUUGGACAACAGCAACAACUGGGAUUCCAACCACCUGUGCAGCAGCAACAACAAUGGACCAUGACCCAAGCUCCUUGUCAUGGUAACUCUUUGCAUGAUAUAGUGAAAUCAAUUGCCUCUGAUUUUUUGCAAUUUCAGCAAGAGACAAGAACUAGUAUAAAAAACUUGGAAGAUCAGAUGUCUCAAGUCGUGAAAGAGGUGCGUAAAAUGAAAAAAAGAGAGAGAGGCAAGCUACCAGCUCAAACUCGCAUGUACCCGAACAAUGUUAGUUCAAUGAUCUUACGAAGUGGUAAGGAGCUAGAAGGUCCGAACGUUGUUGCACAAAAAGAGAAAGCCGGAGAGGAGAUUGAGCAAGAAGCGAACAAGUCAACUGAUCAGGUGAAUUCUAAACCUCAUAUUCAAUCCACUUCUAAUAUUGCUCAAUUUCCUCACAGGUUAGCGAAACUGGCUAAAAGUGACAAGGAAAAGGAGAUCAUGAAGAUGUUUAAGAAAGUGAAGCUAAACAUUCCUUUGCUUGACACAAUUAAACAAGUCCCCCGUUAUGCGAAAUUUCUAAAGGAGUUGUGUACCAAGAAGAAGUUGAGAGGGGACGAAAAUGUGCUAGCUGGAAAGACUGUGUCCACUGUGCUGCAAAGAAAAUUGCCACAAAAAUGCGGAGAUCCAAAUGUCCUUGAUCAAAAUGUGAAGGAAGACUUUGAAGUUGAAGAAAGAAGGAAAUUGCAAUUGCAAGAGUUUGAGGAGAUUCAGAACAAAGCUUUCGAGAAUGCGAGGAUUUAUAAAGGAAAUAGUAAGAAAUUUCAUGAUCCAAAUAUUUUGAGAAAAGAUUAUAAGUUGAGAUUCAAAGUUUUAGCACGGAUAAAAGGUUUGUUGUGAAUAAACAUCGUCUUAAGCCUUACUAUGAAGGGUUUCAGAGCAAAGAAGUGAAGUGCGUAGCUCUUUUUUAGCAGUGUGAUUAGCUUAAGAAUCAUUGUGUCGAGCCAACGACGAUAAACAAAGGCGCUUCUUGGGAGGCAACCCAAGUGUUCUAAUUUUAUUUUGUAUCCUUUGAGUUUUGGUUGUGUUUGUGAGUCAGUCUCAUGCCUUCUUUUGGUGUUUUGAUGCAGAUAUAAUGUUCAUGGUGGGAUAAGCAUAAUGGACAAAGUUUUUAGACGUGGCCACACAUCCAGUGUGUUGUGAUUGAUGAGAGGAAGAAAUUUUUACAGAAAUCAGAACAUAAAACUUCUUUGGGCGUGAUCACGCUUAAUGAAGCUUUACAUUAUGAAAAAUAGCACAAAAAGAUGAUUUAUUUUAAAGAAUUAUUAUUAUUAUUAUUAUAUUUAUUAUUUAUUAUAUUUAUUAU